AUGCCACCGCGAGCUUUCACCAAUCCCGCACCCAAGACCGAAUCCGCCCGCUCAGCACUAAGCUCCUUCACUUGCACCCUCUGCGCAAAGUCCUACUCCCGGCACCCAGAAUAUGAAGCCCACAUCGGCUCCUACGACCACCAACACCGCAAACGCCUCCAAGACCUAAAACAACUCUCCCGCGACCCCAACGCCGCCGAAAAAGCGCGGCGCGCAGAGCGCAAAGCUGAUGCUGACGCUGGGCUGAGGGUUAUCGACAGUGGGACGCCUGCUGUCGCGGAGGCUGUUUCUUUUGCGCCGAAGGCGGGCGGGUUUAAGAAAGGUGGGUUUAAGAGUUCGUUUGCGUCGGUCAAGGGGGUUGUUGGGCCGGUUAAGAGGAAUGUUCUUGGGGAGGAAGAGGAGGAUGGGAUUGGGGAGGGGAGGGAGGAGCUGGUGGAGGCUGAGGCUGGGGCUGUGACUGCGGCUACGGCUGCGGGGUCUCGACUUGUUGAUGGCGAGUCUGAUACGGAUGAGGAGUAUGCGCGGGAUUUGGAGGGGGAUGGUGGGUAUUAUGAUCCUAGGAGGCCGAGUGGGUGCUUUGAUGGAUGUGCCGGGUUGAAGGAGGUUAAGGGUCUUUCUUGA